UUUUAAAUUUGGUCUGAUAGUAAGAAGGUCCAGAGACCACUCAACCACCAGAACUCCAGACAUAUUGAAGAUUGGCAGUAAACGAGAGUUACUAUGCUGAGUUCCACCCUCUGUCAGCACAGACCUCUGCACACCGGCAGCAACAGCAGCACCACCACGAUGAGGAAUCCGCACUCUGCUAUAACUUUGACUCUUCUCAUCCUUGUCAUGUCAUCGACACCUCCCUGCGAAGGUGCUCCAGCAUUACUACAGGGACUGCAAACAGUCCAGGAGUUACACGUUUGGAAUGAGAUAGAGGAUGUGUGUUCAUCUUUCCUCUCCACAGACCCCCAAUCUCAGGCAUCCAGUGCACUGGAAGAAAUGUGCUUCAUGGUUUGGGGAAUUGUACACAAGUCUCAGGAUCUAAAAGUGAAAGAUCACACAAAAAGGUUCUUGUUUCAUUAUUCUAAGACCCACGACUCGGGCAACUCAGACCUUAUGGAUGAUCUCCAAGGAUCCGGAGGAAUUCAAAGCAGAGGAUACUUUUUAUUUAGGCCAAGGAACGGAAAGCGAUCAACAACCUGCCAAAAAGAUUUCUGUCUGUUUGGACACCUGUACACCUGUACAUAAAAUGAAUGGAGAAGAAUACAAUGCAAAUGGAUCUCACAAGCUUUACUGUUAUCUAGCUUGUUAUGUAUCUAUUUUGAAUUUAAAACAAAAUCAAAUAAAUACAUUUUGGUUAAAGUAUUGUUUGUUUAAAUAUAAUCUGUUAUUCCAAUAAAAUAAAAAAAACA